UCUGCAUCCUCAGGCUGCCAUCCAGAUGUCGCUGUGCAUGACCUCACAUCUCUGCCUGCUGGUCCUACCAGUGAUGUCACUGCUGCUGCUCUUCUCUCCUAUCAGUUGGAGCUAUGACGGCGUCACCCCAGGGUGUCACCUGCAUCCCUUCAACGUGACCAUCCGCAGUGACCGUCGUGGCACAUGUAAGGGCACCCACCUGGUCUACGCCUGCGUGGGCUACUGCGAGUCCAGCGCCUUUCCAUCCAGAUACUCUGUGCUGGUGGCCUCAAACUUCACUCACAACAUCACAUCUGCUUCCAGAUGCUGCACCAUCAGCAAGGAGGCUAAGGUCAAAGUUCGCCUGGACUGCCCUCGAGGUCGUCACCAUGACGAAAUUGAGAUCCUGACGGCGAAGGCUUGUCGCUGCGACAUGUGCCGCAAGUCCCGCUACUGAUAGAUCAAGAUGAUAUGCUGCAUACCAAAAGUACACCAGGAUCAGAACCAAAUUUAGUCAGUUAAGCGGUACAAGCUCUGGUAAAUGAUUGAAAUACAAAAGCUUUAGUGAUGAACCAGUAACUAUCCUUUUUCUACAUAUAUGUUGACUUGUUAUGAAUGUUGAAGAAAAUCUACUUUAACUUAUUUAACUGAAAAAGCUUUCAGCUUUCUGCCAAGUUACUGUCAAAACCAGGGUUUCCUUCAUUUGUGUUCUCAAAGGAUGGUGGACAGAAAAGGCUCAAAUGCAGAGUGGCACCUGCUCUGGAUCAGUCGCCCACAACCUUCAACCCGCUUUGUUAUCAGCCCACUAAAUGCCUGUUAUCAGUUGUCAUCACAAGCAUAGAUAUGAGGUAGUAUGGCCCAACUCUACCUCUCAUAUUUACCUGUAAUGUUAGGCUGUGACCUCUAGUGGCCAGAAUAAUUGUGGUGGGAGCAAAGGAGUAAGUUUGGUGAUGUAGUAUAGAGAGAAAACCGUCUGCAAAGAGGAGGUUGGGGUGAAUACAUGGGUAAAGCAAACACAGGACUUUUACCCAGGAGACUGCUGUUCAUGUCCCGUGUGAAACAAAAAGUCUGAUUUAUUGCUGAUUUAUUUUAACCAACACACAUUAAGUUAACUAACAUAAUGUACAGAACAUAAAUUAACUAAGGCAACUUAAGUCAUGUAACAAUCUUACUAGUUUUUGUCCAAACCAUGAUUUUUUUCCCUAAAUAUUACCAAGUCAUUUUGACACUUAAACCUAACAAAACUGCAACUGUUACACUAAAUUCCUUCUGGCCUACUAGUAUGUGCAGUUUGCAUCAUCUUAAGCAUUAUAACGGUAGUGACAACAACUGAAAACGGCCAUUUAAUGGGCUGAUAACAUUGGAAAGGGGUGGUAUUUUAGGAUUGAAAUUAAAAUGGAACAUUCACACUUUUAGAUGUCUCUAAAGAUGUGUGUAUGUGUGUGCAUGUGUGUGCGUGCUUGUGUGUCUUAAAUGUGAUGUAAGGGAUAUUUUUCUCGAAAACUUGAUUGAUGCACAUUUGUGUUAAAGGUUGUAUAAACCAUUCUGUCACACCUACGUUGAAAAAACUGAACAUUUUUAUUCUAUAUUUUUUCCUUUGAGGCUUGGCAGACACUUGACUUUGUAAGCAAAUACAAAUAAGAAAUAGUCACAUCACCCUUCAUAUUUAGUGACUCAGUAGCAAGUGUAAGUACACAGAGACUCCAGGAUUAUAAUCAAUCAAACUCAUUAUCCAAAAAUAUACUGUCAAACUUUGGAAUCAAUAAAAAGGUCAUAUAUACAGUUUCAUUCUUUGCAAUAACCACUAAACACAGACAAGAGACCAAAGAAUGUACAAAUUUAUUUAUAUUUAUGAAUUUGAAAUAAAGGACAUUUUGUAAAUAAUAUGAAACCAAAUAAUGUUGGAAAUGUCAAUGACAUGA